GUUUGACGUCCUCCUGCUCCCCUCAACACAAAUGAUCUGAAGGCCGAACGUGGCUCAAUCAUUCGCUUCAGCGCCCUUAAGCAGCUGUCGGGAGCCUGAUUCAAGCGGCAGCAGCGACUUGCAGUUGAGCCCUCUCAGCCCGACCACUCUACCUGGGCCGCGGCGCACAACCGGCGAGCAGCCAGCAUCGCCUGCAAAGUCGACAAGUUUGAGCAUAGCCAGGGCCUCUGGCACGCCCACCCUUUGCCGCCGUUACAGCAGUUGUGGAAUGAGCGUCAUCAUCGAGACCAGCAAGGGCGACCUGGUGUUGGAUCUGUACGUGGACGAGUGCCCCAGGGCCGCCACCAAUUUUUUAAAGCUGUGCAAGAUCAAGUACUACAACAACUGCCUGUUUUACAACGUGCAGCGCAACUUUAUCGCGCAGAGCGGUGACCCCACCAACACCGGCAAGGGCGGCGAGUCCGUUUGGGGCGUGCUCUAUGGCGAGCAGGCGCGUUUUUUUGAGGAUGAGAUUCACCCCAACCUGAAGCACAUGAAGAGGGGCCUGCUGGGCAUGGCGGGUGCUGGCAAGGACAUGAACGGAUCCCAGUUCUACAUUACCACUGGCGAGGACCUGCACAGCCUGGACGGAAAGCACACCAUCUUUGGCGAGGUUGCCGAGGGUCUGGACGUGCUGGAGGCCGUUGACACGGCGCCCUGCGACGAUGAUGGACGCCCGCUGCAAAACAUCCGCAUCCGGCACACCAUCAUCUUGGAUGACCCCAUGCCAGACCCGCGCGGCUUGGAACAACACAUUCCCGAUGCCUCGCCGCAGCCCCAGUUUGCCGACGAUGGGCGAUUGGAGGAUGACUGGGUGCCUGAAGAGGAGACGCGGGACCUGGAUGAGAUCGAGAGGGCCAACAGGGAGAAGGAGGCACACAACCGCGCGGUUGUGCUGGAGAUGAUUGGGGACCUGCCAGAGGCCGACGCCAAGCCGCCGCCCAACAUGUUGUUCAUCUGCAAGCUCAACCCGGUGACCACCGAGGAGGACCUGGAGAUUAUUUUCUCCCGCUUCGGCACUAUUACCUCCUGCGACAUCAUCAGGGACUGGAAGACGGGCGACAGCCUCAAUUAUGGCUUCAUUGGGUUUGACAGUGAGGAGUCAUGCGAGCAGGCGUACUUCAAGAUGAACAACGUGCUCAUCGACGACCGGCGCAUCAAGGUGGACUUCUCCCAGAGCGUGAGCCACCUGUGGAAGCAGUUCAAGCGCUUUGGGCGCAAAGGCAACGUGGCGGAUAGAGAGCUGCAGCGUCAAUCACGUAACAGGGAUAGGCAGCGAGAGGAGGCUACGAUGAAGAGGCAGAAGAAGCCGCAUCGCGAGCAACGGCCUGAGCGCAGCCGGCAGCAUCAUCAUCGGAAGUCGCGCAGCAAAGAGCGCCGCCGAAGUGUCGAACGGCAGCGGUCACGCAGCAGGGAGCGGUGGCAGCGGCAGGAGUGCGGCAAGGAUAGGCAGCGGAGCCGCAGCAGAGACCAUGGUGGAUGACGUUACGGGAAGGAAGACAGCUGCUACAUUUGCAUCGUUGUGCUGCGUCUUUGCGCAUCAAUUGAGCUGUGAACAAGGCGGUUG